GAAAAGAAUAGUCAUAUGUAUGUAGCAGUACCGUGAUAUGUUUCAAGGUUGACAGAAUGUGGCUUGUGUUCAAGGACAAGCAAAGAGGCAUUACUAGGAAAUGGUAUACGUUUUGUGACGGACCGAAUUCCCCUCCCCUCUCCUCCCCUCCCCUUUCCUUCCUUUCCUUUCCUUUGCUCCCCACUUUCGAAUCUGAAAUCGUAGAAUUCACGACUUUAUUUUACUCGGACGAAUCGAUUUUAUGACUUCUAACAAUAGCGCUUUAGUCUCGGCAAUCUGAGAAAUCAUUUGCAUUUGAUCUCCUUUUUUUUAUUUACCCGAUGUUUCCUUUUCUCUCUUUAUUAUAUAGUAUCCCAUGAAUAUUCAUUGGAUCGACGAAUUUUUUCGAAUCAAAAACGAGCACUCGGAUUCUCGGUAAACGAAUCCCGGUUACACCGUUACUUGAAUUUAUUAAGUUCUACGACGAUCGUUCCAUCGCUUCGUAUUUGCAUACGAAGUGUUUCGAGUGACGUAUGCAUGGUGUAUAUACAUGUGUAUGGGAGUGCGCGCGCGUGUGUAUGUACGUACGUACGUACGUAAGAUGAAUCGGAUCGACGUGAGCGAAAUGACGAAAACGCGAAUGUCCAGGAAGGAUACAAACAAAUUUACUCCUUUGUUUUUUUUUCCUUGUUUUCUUCUUGUUUUCUUUCUUUCUUACAAUUUCAUGGUAAAUAGGUUAGAAGUGUGCUUAGCGAAAAUGUGAAAAAUAAUAUUCGUCUUGCUUUUUUUCCUUUUCUCUUUUUUUUUUGUUUUGUUUGUUUGCACAUAAUAUAUCGCCACGUUCGUGUGAAAUUAACCCAUUUGAUAAUAUUAUCAACGUCUCGGAAACGCAUAACACGCGCACGCACUGUAUGUGACUACGCAACGUUUAGCGUGAAAUCGUCAUUACCGUUGCCUUUACUAAGAUUAUAAGCCACGAAGGAUUUCGUAGAAUCGAUUACGCUAAAUGCAUUCUUAUGAACCUUAUCAAACCAGUUCGUUAGUGUUUCUUUCGGAUAUUCAUUGAUGUUACAAGCUAAUUGGAAAUGCUUGUGUUCUCGGAAGCAGCCUGCAAGUUUCUUUUUUUAUUCCCACUUAAGAUAAAUGUAGCGAGGCGUAAAGAUAAGGGGUAAAUGUAGGAGGAAAAAAGUUAAAAAGUCGGAACGUUUCGAGUCAUUCAAAAUCAAUUGCGUUCGGGUAAGAAGAAUUUGCUGGGUAAACAAAACAAAACAAAACAAAAAGAAAACAGAGUUAUAUUUUAUGACUAUCGUUAAUAUUAUUAUUUAUUUUUAUAAGAUUUUUUCAAUAACGAAAGAGAGAGAGAGAGAUUUUGAAUCGUCCGCUUACGCAUCGUUUUAUACCUGCAUUCUUUCCUACUGUUGCUUGUAAGCGUAACGAGCCAAACAACUUCCAAGCCUAUCGGCGUGAAAUACUGAGAAAAAAAAGGAAGACGAUUUUCCUGGGAAGACUAAUAAUAAUAUCUAAUAAUACGUCGACUUCGCUUUAACGUUACGCACAAUGGCGCAUUAUUCUAUUAUUAUGUUCAUAAUAGGGACGAAUCCAAGGUGUCUCUCUCCCUCUCUCCGUCUCUUUCGUUCCUUUUUAAAUACGUUUAUGAUGAUAAAAUAUGCAUGCAACCCACUCACCGUGCAUUCACGCCACAGCACGAAUAAGAGCGUACGUUAGGUAGAUAUGUUGCACACUGUGACAAGAGAGAAGACCACACGUUCGUCAGAGAUUGCCUCAUUCACGUACGUGCGUGUUCUGACGAUGACGUCGGGUCUCUUCCAUAUGGGCUCGAAAAAGAAAGAGGGGGAAGGGGGGAGAGAGAGAGAGAGAGAGAAAGCACGCGCGCGCACCUCCAAGAAAGAGUACAACUACGAAAACGAGAGAUAAAUAGAGAACGGACGAGACGAAAGAGUUCGUUGAGCGAAGAAGAGGACGGAAUUAUCUUGAAAGUGACGUCACGCAAUCUUUCAAACGAAACCCGCGAAAAUGCCUCCUACGUGUGACGGCCUGCCACCAAUGUUGUACUUCACUCUACGAAGGUGACGCGAGCUAAUUAAGUUUCAAGAUGCUGACAGUGAUGUGUCCUAAUUGUCGCCAUCGGUUCCCGGCGACCGGUUGCUGCGAUCCGAGAGCAACGCAAAAGGACAAUAACUUCGAGGAAACGUCGGCUUACUACGGCGGUAUGUUGGUGCCCAGAGGAUAUACCAGCGGUGGUGGUUGUGUGAUAAACGCACCAACGAUCAUUCACGGACCAGCUAUUAUCCAGUCGGACGGACGUCAUUGCGGUUCCGUCACAAGAAUCGUUGACGCCGAAACGAUCGACUCGGCGAAAGGUCCGACAUGCGAUAACGAUAAGCCGAUGAAGAACUCGACUUGUAAUUCGUCAGAGAGGCUAACGAAGUGUCCACGACCUGAUCAGUCCGAUGAUCAGACGAAAAUGCAAACGGAAGAUCGUCAAUCGCCCUCGAUAUGUCGUAUAACGACUACUUGCGAUCUGACAGGUGGUAGCGUGACCAUUUCAACACCCAGUAUACAGUCAGGAGGUUGUUUUAUUCAAAGCACCAAUUCUUGCGUCCUGGUGCAGACUCCGCACGUCGAAAUUCGUCCGAAAUUGUCGGGCGGAGGUUGUCUUGUUCAAACGAAAAUAUCGACGGACGAUCAGGACGACAGUUUAGUUGCGAAGUCGACGAUGGACGAACAAAUCGACGAUACCAGAUGUGCCUUUUCCAAUCUCGAAGAUAUUUAUUCGAAUAGAAUGACUCUGAUACCACCGAGUGGAUGUCAAGAAUUACCGGGUAUCAGGAGGAGUUCUUCGUCGAAGGUCUGCUCGGAAAAACGGCCGAUCGACGAAGAUUUCGAUAGACCACGUUAUAAUUUUUGCGAAGGUGACUCUGGAUUUUCUAGUAUCAAAGUAACGCACAAGCAAGAUUCCCGAACGCACGACAGGUUUCACGAUAAAGAAGAACAGUUACCAUCGAAACAGCAGUCAACGACGAGACAUCGAGCUACCUUUCAAGAUCCGGUCUUUUGUUCGCGACCGCAGUCCGGUUGCAUGGAAAAGAAGUCUGAUUGCUCGCACAACGACGUUCGAAAUCUUUGUCAAGGGAACAUAAUGAUGGUUAAUAAUGGGUUGCAAUUUAAUCCGUCCAUAGGAGACUUUUCGAAGAACUCAAACGAUCACGAAUCUCUUCUUCAUCCUUCUAGCGGCGUUCAGAUUCAAGUGAACGCUACUGUUCAAUUGCCGGCGAAUUUAGGUCAAUGUUUCGUGAAUAUAACGGCAACUAGAACGAAUUCCAACUGUCCUGAACGUUCCGCGGUUAUCGGAAGCUGUAACAAUUUCAACGGUGGUGGUAUCGUCGAGUCAGAGGACGAUUGUGUUAGGAACGAUUCCGUCAUGAAAGAUUGCGACAACGGGAGUACUUACAAUAAUACAGAAAGAAGAGAGGAAACACCAACUACACCUGUUUCUUGGGUUAUCCCUUGGGGUUUUGAUACCUACCUGAUAGACAAGGAUAGAGCAAAAUUACUGGAGGUGAAGAAACUUCUUCAAACGUGCGGAUGGUAUCACGAGGGUCUAAGCUGGCAACAAAGUGAAAGUCUUCUUAAGAACGCUGCCGUUGGCAGAUGGUUGAUGAGAGAUAGCUCGGACAGCAGAUACACCUUUGCUGUUUCCGUGCAAACCGAAAGGGGUCCAACAUCCGUCAGAGUACACUAUUUUCUUAGACGCUUUAGGCUAGACGCAGAACCAAGAUUCGCUCUUGCCAUGCCGCUCUUCGAUUGCCCUAUCAAAAUGUUAGAACAUUACGUCGAGUAUUCGAAAAGAAUAGAUGAGCAUAGGAGAGAGGUCUGGGUCGAUUUUAGCGGCCAACUUUACAGUCAAAUCUACCUCACGAAACCUUUGGUCAAAGAAGUUAGAUCCCUUUCCCACUUGGCAAGAUUGAGCGUCAACAAGAACAAGUUACCUACCGAACAUCUGCCACCAAUCAUCAAAAAUUAUCUCGCGGAGUAUCCGUACACGCUUUGAGUAUACGGUUUCGUUGCCUCUCUUCCACUUUUCUUACGAGCUAAACACGCGAGACAUCUAUUUUUAUAUUAAUUCCAAACAUUCAACCGUUUGCUCGGAAUUUUGUUGAUGGGAGCUGUCGUUCAGAGAUCAUUUUUCUUUUCUUGUUUUUUUCUUGUUCAGUUUUCUUUCCUAUUUUCUUUUUUACGCAACAGACUCGAUAAAUUUUGAAUAAUUUUUUUUUUUAGGGAAUAUCACAUUUGGUGGCGGUAUAUGCUAUUCGGAAUAAUAUAUAUAUUCGGAAUAAUCGUUCAAAAUGUUUUGAUUCCGAGCAUUUGGCCGAUGGGAAAAGAUGAGGUGAAGCGAUAGUUGUAUAAGAAAUAGAGCACGGAUGAGAUAUCAGAUUGAUAUGAGAAAUGAUACUUCACGUUACAUUCAAUUUUCAAGAUUUUUCUUACACCAAUUCAUCGAGCAAUAGCUACGUACGUAGCGAAUGAGAAUUAUUUUCUAAUAAGAAUUCCGAGAUAUAUAUAUAAAGAGAAAGAUCGAUCUACAUAGAUUUAUGUAACGCCUCAUUUUUAUUUUUAAGACUGGGACAGUACGAACAACGAGAGCAAUGAUACUUUUUUUUUAAGCUAUACUUUGAGAAGCAAACUCUUCAACUUGAUCAGGAAUGCGUGUUGACGUUGUUCGAUUGAAUUAUUAGUGCACGGAUCCUGAAAUUAUAUCCUUAGUAACUUUUUAUUAUUAUAACUUAAAUGUGUGUUCGCGAAAGGCGUAUUGCGCUGUACUGAUAAGUUGAAUGAAUUUCACUUUGGUACUGUUCUAACAUUCUGAAGGAUUGUAAUCCCACUUUUCCGAGUAUUUAUUUAGGGACUGAAAUAUUUUAACCUAUAUAUAUAUAUGAUGUAUAAUGUUGUCUAAAGUCAUUGUGUGGAUUAAUUGCCACAUUUCCUCCUAACGUAAUACGCUUAGAGUUAAGUCGCCGCGCUAGACUUACGCUAAUAUGUUGUUAAUUUGCCUGUUUUUGUCGGCAAAAAUGUUUUCAACGAAAGUCGAAGCGACUGAAUUAAACAAAUUUCUCUGAUUAUUCGAAUAUAUUCAUCUGCCAUACAGCAUUAUGAAUAUUUAAAGUAAAUUAGGAUUUCUAAACGACCGUUCGCAGCGCCAGAAAUAUAUAAUGUCGAAUGAAAAAUAACGUAAAAGUAUAGGCAACUUAAAUCGAAUAUAAUAAUAAUAAUAUUAAUAAUAAUAAUAAUAAUAAUAAUAAUAAUAAUAAUAAUAAUAAUAGUUAUAAAAAUAUAAUAAUAAAAAUAAUAAUAGUAGUAAGUAAAUAAAUAGUCAUUGUAGUUAUAUCGAAAGUCAUCAUAUGGAAUUAGUUUACAUAUUGAAAUUUUUUACCGUCGAUUAAACGGCAUGAAAGUAUUGUUUAGCAAAGGACCUCCAGGUCCUUCUUAGGAUGAGCCAUUGAUAACGUAUCAAAUUUGCGACGAGUUACUCGUUAGAAGAAACAAAAAAAGGAUAAUAAACAAAUUAUGGCGCUGUCAUAUGAAAUUCCUAAUAACGUUGACCAAUGCAUAGGUCAUAGUAUAAUGAAAGUAUUUAAUGUAAAGUCAUAUUGAAAUUCUUGUUAUUUUUGUUUACAGUGUCAAUCGUAAAUAAAUCGUAUAAUACAUAAUAGUCAGAACUUUCGAUGACCAGCAUCCAAAACGAUGUGAUAAUAAUCCGUUGCCAGAAAAUAAUAGACGUGUAGUAGUUUUAUUGUCAAUAGUAAAUAUUGCAUUAUUAUAUACAAGUAAAAAAGCUAUUGUAACAGACUGCUCUGCGGGUAUUUUCGACUGAUUCAAUAGAAAGUAAAAGGAGGUUUUAGAUAAUUUGUGCUUGAACAAUUUUCUCUGGUAAUUUUAUUAUUAUUUUCUGCGUUCUCUUCUAUUGCAACGUUUCGUUUUUCUCUCGUUUAGAAUAAGAUCGUUGUAAAAACCUCGCUUCUUUACGAUUCUAUAAUUAACCGUAUAAUGUGUGGUAAAGAUAAAUUAUACGUGCGAUAUAUAAAUGUAAUUGAAAAUAGAUUACCUUUAGAUAGGUCUAUAUCUAACAUUAUUUCGAACGAAUAAAAAAAAAAAGAUACACGUACAUUUCGUUUUACAUUUACGUUUCAAAUUGAAAUUAGUCAAUUCUAGAAAAUAAUUAUUUAAGUUAUUUCUUCAUAUUUUCACGAUAUUAAAUUUAAUAUAGUAGAGUGCCCAUUAUCAACAGUCAAAUGUGAAUUGAUAUCGUGAUCCCGUACUAUCGUUGAUACAACUUAUGUACUUUAUAAUAAAACAAUUUCUUAAAAACA